CAAUCAUAGCUUGUUUUCCAAAAGUCUGACUGCGAAUGUGGUAAGCCGAAUUCAAAGCAUCCUUAUGCAGACUUUUUCCAAAUAGAUGAAUCAAACCACGGUAGAAUUCAACUUCUUACAUCAUAAACGAUACAAGUAACGUGCUUCGUGUUCCAGCGUGAUGGUGGAGUAUUCAAUGUUUAUGUGCGCGUGUGUAAUGAGAAGUCAAUUGCUGAGUAAGAGGUUAGAAUUCCUCCAGUAAAGAGGAAAAUGGAUUAAAAGAUUUUCUCGAUUAAGAAGUAAUAAAUUGUGAAUAACUGAUAAAACAAAGGACUCUGUGUCAUAUAAACAAAAGGGAAGGUUGAAGAUACUUUAAAUUCCCUUUAUCCGAAGGGGUUAACAAAAAAAAAAAAAAAAUAACCCCUAACUUUAAAACGCUUGUGCAUGAUAACGAGAAGCUAAAAAAAAUUGCAAAAAUGACCACGUCGAAGGAAUUAAAUUUGGCUAGGAAGAGUCUCGUGGCAUCACUUGGUGAAAAUUCAAAGAUGUAUUUCGAGAAGAUGAAGCUGUGGUUCCAAAUGAAGACUACCAAAGAAGAAUUUGACUCCGAAGCGCGUAAUAUCAUGACAGAAGAUCAAGUCCGUUUGCACAAUGAGUUUUUGCUAUGUCUCUUUAAUAAAGUUCGUGGAUUAGCCGCUGUUGCGCCAACUAAGAUAGACAGGGAUAAAGUUUCAAAGGAGAAGAGGCUGAGACUGAAGCGCAAAUACAAAACUGAUAAGUCAAACUUUGAGCCAGCGGACAUGUACGUGGAAGUAUUAGGUCAAGCUUCGUCACCUGUCGGCGACGAGCCUAUAGGCGCUAAUCGCUCCAGUGCUCAAGAACUUGUACUGCCAGAUCGUACUUUUGUACUGGCUCGAUUAAUGCUCGCAGCAUGGGAAAAUAAUAUGGAUGGAGCUGAAGAGAAUACCGCGCACAUCGUUAUAGCUGCGACACAAAUUUUCUUGAAAAAUGUACUUACUGCGAUUUUCACACGUAGGAAAGGAUAUGCCGUUCGAGAUAGCACUUUUAUUCAUAAUAUAGGAGAACCGGUGCCUAGCUCGUGGAAAAGAAACUCCAUGUACAUAAAUCCACUCAAUUCCGGACCAACAGAAAUAAUGGAAUCUUAUGGCCAAGUCCCCACGUCGAAGCCAAGUUUUGAAGAAGCCGAACAGGCCACUGCUUUUUCAUACGCUUGUUCCACCCAAGUUACUCGUCCACCAUUGAAACCAGUUAGCACAAGCGAUUUACAACAUGCAUUAAAGAUUCAUAAAAAUCUCGUUAGUAAUCAUACUAUAUAUGCUACCAAUAUGGAGAGAUUAUAUACAUAUACUACUCAUCCAACGUGGGAAGAUUUGGAGGCAAGAAAGUUAUUAUGUCAACCAUCAAACGAUUAAAAUACAUGUGUAUUUUUAUGUGAUUUAUUAGGCUAUGUAGAAUUAAUAAAAAUUGAAUUUUAUUUUUAGAUUUAAUAAUUA